UUACAACCAGAAGACACUCUUAGAUAAAUGAAGCUACACUUCACCAGAGUUAUUCUGGAUUAACAACAUUUUCUAGGAAUAAUUUAAAUUCCUAAUAAAACUGAGGAGCAGGAUCUAGUUGUCGUUGAGCGUUUUAACAGUUAAUAAUUUGUUUCUUCUCAGUUUUGCAGUAAAUAGGUGAUAAUUAGGAGGAAAAUGAUCAGAAUCACAAGCUUCUGGUUUUUAGUACUUUUACCUUUUGUGUGGGUUGAUGCUGAUGAAGAAGUCUUUGGAACGGACGUUUCCUGUGUCCUCAAUGAGAACUGCAUUAUACCAUGUCGGUUCAGGAACAGGAUGACCAACAUGACAUGGGAACGUGAAAUACCAAAAUCUCAGAUUGUAACGUAUAACCAGAGUGGCUCCAGAUACUCUGAGAGCUUCAGAUCCAGAGCAUCACUGUCUGAGGAUCAGAUCUCCAGAGGAAACGGCGAUCUGCUUCUGAGAGGAGUGAAGGUUGAUGAUGAGGGAACAUAUUGGUGUAAAGUUUUUACAACUGGCAUCUAUUAUAGACAUUCUGUUGACCUUACAGUAGAAGCUCCAGUCUCUUCAGUCAGAAUCCAUCAGGAUGGAAACAGGAUCACCUGCAGCUCAGAGGGGAUCUACCCUGAGCCUGAACUCACCUGGUCCACUGAGCCUCCAUCCAAUACGACUCUGCAGAACAGAACCACAGUCCAGAUGAAUGAUUAUACGCUCUAUGACAUCAGCAGCUCUCUGACAGUUCCAGACGGUCCAGAUCUGAUCUACAGCUGCAGCAUCAGAACCAGGAGGAACCAGAGGAGAGCAACUUUAACUGAACUAGGUGCUGAGGUUACAAUCUGCUGCACUUCCUUACACAUUUCUACCUCCAGUUUGGUCUGGAGGUUCAACCACCAUCAGAUCAUCCUGACCAAGACUGACAGAAACAUCUACAGCGUCUCAGAAGAGUGGAGGAAACAUGUAAGGAAUGUUUCGGCGUCUGGCAGCCUCACGUUACAGGAUCUGACCUCAGAUCAGGAGGGAGUUUACAGCUGUGAGCUCAGUGAUGACAAGAAGACCAUUAUAACUCACCUCUAUCUGAGGACUGGAGAGAAUCUGGUGGUUUCUAAACUCAUCAGAUGGACGGUGGUUUGUGUCGUGAUUGCAGCAGCAGCAGCAGUUGGAUUCAUGAUCUACAAGAAGAAAAUGGAG